AUGGAUAGACUUUUUGCUGGUCAGCUAUCCAGAAGACUAGGCUUAGAAGCAAGGAAUGAACUACCGAGAGAUGAAGAUGGGAUGCAAAGUAUAGAUGAAUAUAUGGCAGAUAAUACACAAGAUCAUAUUCGAUUCCAACAGUUUGAAGAAGACUUACUACGACAAAAACAAUCCUCGAAUUCUAUAACUGACUUAGAUGUCGAAUCUGUGCCGAGACAAACGCGAAGAACGGAACCUAUUGUCUAUCAGGAUAAAGUGGAUUUUAAUGAUUAUGAUUAUAAUAACAUACAUGAACCUACCGAAAGUAAUAGGGAGGAAAAUAAUGAUAGUUUCAAUGAAAGUAAUAAGGAAAAUGAUCAAUCACCAUUCAACUAUGUUGCCAGAAGGAUAAAUUUCGAUAACGAAGAUGAAACAAAUAAGGAUCAAUCAAAUAGUCCACUGCUACAAUUAAAUAAGUCUCCUGGAUUAAAUAAACAAUCUCCACUAAGAUCCCCAUUACCUGAACAACACCAAGAACAAACUGAAAAUAUUCAACCAGAAGAUGAAUUUGAUCACAAUCAAUUCGAUAAUGAUGAUUUUAAUGACAAUCAAAACAUUGAAGACUAUAUACCGUCGUAUAAUCAAAAUGAUCUUAGUAAAAGUCCUCCUGAUACAAGAGAAGCAUCACCUUCAUUACAAUUUACAAGAGUGGCCAAUUCUAGAAAGCAAAAACGAGCGAUAAGUCCGGAUUCUGAGGAUUCACGCGAAGAAACUCAGCCUUCAGUCUCUUCUUAUCAGGAUACUCGAAUUGAUUCAAUUGAUGAAACCACUUAUGGGGAUGAUGAAUCUUCCGUGGGUGAUUCUUUACCAUCAUCUUCAUCUGGUGAUCCUAAUACUGCACAAUCCAAGAAACGAAAAAAUGCGACGUCACCUCAACCAUCAAAUGAAGUAAGAUCACAAGUUGAGUCAUUACCUUCUCCACCAACUGAUGGGCUACGUAGAUCAAAGAGAACAAGAAUUCCUCCCGUGGCUUUUUGGAGAAAUGAAAGAGUUAUAUACACCAAAGCAAGUCAAUUAAGUAAUGAUCUGGAUGAUCCAGACACUACUUUAGCCAGAGACAUACACAAUAUCCCACUAAGACUGAUCAAGGAAGUUGUUCAUGUACCAGAGCCAACUAGUGGGUAUAAGAAUAGAAAAUCAACCAAAAGGAGAAAACGACAUAAAGUAGUUGCACCAAUAUCUCCAAUAAGUUCAGAUGAACAACAAGAACAAAGAUCGGAUGAAGAAGAGCAACAGUUGGAUGAUCCAAAUAUUCCUGGAGCUUCAUGGUUGAAAGAUCAGAUUUUACAAAUGGAUAUUCCUGAACAUGGAAAAAUUGUUGAAAAAGCUAUUGCAUAUAGUUCAGAUUAUGGAGUUUUCCAAUCACCUGCUUUAUAUAAUGAAGAAGAUGGUACAACUGUAGAAGAUCCAAAUUUAAAAAUUGCAACUCUCUUCAAUGAUAUAAUAGGAAAUUGUGCAGUGGGUUUAUUAGAAUUAAAAGGUUUGAAACCACCAGUUAAAAUUACUUCAAGUGCUUAUUUUUUAUUGGUAGUAAAAGGUUCAGUUGAAGUUACAUUUAAUGAUGAAGUAUUUAUUGUAAUUAAAGGUUGUACUUUUUGUAUACCACUGGGAAACGAAUAUGGAUUAAGAAAUAUUGGAAAACAUCCAGCGCUUUUACACUUUGUUCAAGUAAAAGACGAAGAAAUAGAAAAGGAAAUACAAGAAGAAGAAGAAGAUUGA